AUGGUGAAGAUUCCAGAGUUAUUUCAAUCUGUGGAUGGUUACCUUGGUUCAUAUGUCUUCCCCUUACUGGAAGAAACACGUGCUGAACUUAAAUCUUCCAUGUACACUAUUAAUGCAGCACCUUUUGCAGAGGUGACAUCUCUUAGAGCAGCAAAUCCAUCUGAUAAGCAAUCAUUUCUUUACGACGUUAAAGUUGAUAGCUGGAAAAAUAGAUUUUUGGAUAAUGGUAGUAAGCCAUAUAGAACCGUGCCUGGAGAUGUUGUUUUGCUUUCAGAUGGGAAACCUUCGGCGGUUGCUGACCUACAAAGUGCUGGAUGGAAAUGCACUAUUGCAUACGUGACUCAUAUUUCAGAAAAUGAGAAUGAUAAUAAUUGUGUGAUUGCCAAUUUCAAAGUGGAAUCUGGGAAGUGGUUUGAAUACGAAGAUCGAUUGGGCAAUUCGGUCUAUGUUGUUUUCUUGAUGAACACAACAACUCAUACAGAAAUAUGGAAUGCAUUAUCCAUGCAUAAAAAUCCCAAGAUCAUCGAAACAGUUUUGUCCACUAGUAAUCUGGUAAGUUACAUUGCUGCUAUAAAGGCUGAAGAUAUGUGUAACGUUUGCUCUCAACGCGGUACUCAACUAAAUGUAGCAACUAUAUCGACUGUAAUGUCCAAGCUGAAUAAAUCGCAAAAGGAGGCAAUGAUGGACACCAUUAGGGGAGUACAAUGUGAGCACAAGUCUACUGUGAAACUCAUAUGGGGUCCUCCCGGGACUGGGAAGACGAGGACUUUAAGUGUAAUGCUACUUUGUCUCUUGCAAAUGAAUGCUAGAACCCUUAUAUGUGCCCCAACAAAUGUAGCAGUCGCAGGUCUGGCCACUCGAGUAUUAAAAUUAUCUAGGGAUUCAUUUAAAGCUGAAUACGAGAACGGAAUUUCAUCUUAUCCAUUGGGUGACAUCCUAGUCUUUGGGAAUAAGGAUCAUACGGAAAUGUUUUCAGACAUUGAGGAAAUAUCUCUUGAUUAUCGUGUUGAUAAGCUUGUAGAGUCCUUAUCACCUGCAGCUGGGUGGAAACACUGUAUAACUUCCAUGAUCUGUUUUCUCGAAGGUUGUAUUUCUCAGUACCGUUUCUAUGUGGAUGAAUUCUAUAAACCAGAAUCAAGAUCUUUGUUGGAGUUUUCUAGAGACAGAUUCAGACAUACAGCAUGGCCUCUCAGAAGACAUAUGUUGACAUUCUUUAAUCAUUUACCUAGGAAUUUCAUUGGUGAACAAAAUUUUCAAUACAUAGUGCAACUUCUUUCCCUACUGGACUCUUUGGAAACAUUGUUGUUUAAAGACAACAUGAAAUCUGAAGAACUGCAACAUAUAUUUUUACAUCAGGGAAUGGUUGGUUCUUCCAAAUCAUUUGUUGAUACGUUUUCCUUACCAGAUGGGAUAACCAAGUGUCUGUCUACUUUAAGAUCCCUACAGUGUUCUUUUUCAAAACUUGACAUUCCUAGUGUCAUGAGUAAAGAUGAGAUAAAAGGAUUAUGUUUCCAAAUGGCUACCUUAAUAUUUUGCACAGCUUCUUCAUCUUCUAAGCUACACUUGGUGAAUAUGAAACCUCUCAAAUUGUUAGUCAUUGAUGAAGCUGCUCAAUUAAAGGAGUGUGAAUCAAUUAUCCCCCUUCAAAUUCCCGGACUGAGGCAUGCUGUUCUUGCUGGAGAUGAAUGGCAAUUACAAGCUACAGUUAUCAGCAAGUCGUCUGAUGAAGCUGGCUUUGGAAGAAGUUUAUUUGGAAGACUGAGCUCACUUGGUCAUCCUAAGCAUUUUCUGAAUAUGCAAUAUAGAAUGCAUCCAUUAAUUAGCUGCUUCCCCAAUAAAAAUUUCUAUCUCAACAAGAUGUUAGACGCAACCAAUGUCAAGAAUAAAAGUUACAACAAAAGCUAUCUACCAGGGAGGAUGUAUGGUCCCUAUUCGUUCAUAAAUGUUUUUGGAGGAAAAGAAGAAAUGGAUGUUGUUCGACAGAGUAGACGAAAUAUGGUCGAGGUAGCUGUAAUAGUGAGGAUAGUGCACAAACUCUUCCAAGCAUGGAACAAAUCGAAAGAGAAACUUAGCAUCGGUGUAAUAUCACCCUAUUCUGCUCAAGUUGUGGCAAUUCAAGAUAAGCUUAGGCUUGAAAACCAUGAGAAGGUUACUGUCAAAGUCAAGUCCAUCGAUGGAUUUCAAGGUGGAGAAGAAGAUGUCAUAAUUGUAUCUACUGUAAGAUCUAACAAUGAUGGUUUCAUUGGAUUCUUGUCUAGUCCUCAGAGAACUAAUAUUGCUUUGACAAGAGCUCGGCAUUGUCUUUGGAUCUUGGGAAAUGAAAGCACACUAACGAAUCGUAAUUCAGUUUGGAGAACAAUAGUAUGUGAUUCUAGGGAUCGUCACUGCUUUUUUAGCGCUGAUGAAGAUGGUGACUUGGUUGAAGCCAUUAUAAAUGUUAAGAAAGAACUAGAUCAACUUGAGGAUCUACUGCAUGGAGAGAGUAUAGUGUUUAAAAGUGCAAGAUGGAAGGUAGUGUUUAGUGAUAAUUUCAGAAAUUCGUUUGAGAAAUUGUUAUCUUCCCAUUUGAAGAAGUCAGUCAUGUGCAUUUUACUCAAAAUUUCUUUUGGAUGGCGACCCAAGAGAAGAAGUGUGGACUUGAUGUGUGGGACUUCUUUGCAAAUUGUGAAACAAUUCAAGGUUGAAGGUUACUAUAUAAUUUGCACUAUAGAUAUAUUGAAAAAGUUUCAAUAUGAGCAAGUUUUGAAGGUUUGGGACAUACUAUCUUCGGAGGAGAUUCCAAAAUUCUUAAUACGCCUUGAUUCCAUAUUUAAUUCGUACACACAGGAUUUCAUCAAUCGCUGCAAGGAGAAAUGUUUAGAUGGGAAUUUGGAAGUUCCAAAGACUUGGCCAAUGUCUGACGAUAUAGUCCAGUACAAGGACCAAAAUGCCAAUUAUGAUGGUGAUUCAAGUAGUGAUGUAGGUUGCAGGAGUUGCAUUGAAAACUCCAAGGUGAAUGAGAGUUUAUUAUUGAUGAAAUUUUACUCUUUAUCAACUGGUAUUGUGAAACAUUUGCUAUCUGACAAGUUGGGUAGAGAACUGAAUCUCCCUUUUGAGGUUAACGAUCAGGAGAAGGAGAUAAUUUUAUUUCCUAAAAGCAGCUUCAUAUUAGGCAGAUCGGGCACUGGGAAAACUACAGUUUUGACUACGAAGCUUUACCGCAAAAUCGAGCAGUAUUGCCUGGCCUUGGAUGGCUUUAAUUCGGAAGAGAGAGGUAUCUGUAUGAGAAAUAAUGCAGAUGACAGUCAGUCUAUGGGUAAGUUUAAGGGGAAUAUGCUGCACCAGCUUUUCGUCACUGAGAAUCCACUGCUCUGUUUUGCUGUCAAACAGCACUUGUCUCAGCUGAAAAGCUUUGUUGACGGUGGACAGUUCGAUGCUGAUAAUAGUUCUAAUGUUAUGUAUGACAAAGAUGAAAUGUCACAAUUCCAGGAUAUUCCAGAUACGUUUGUUGGCAUUCAACCUGAUAUGUACCCUCUUGUUAUUACAUUUCGUAAGUUCUUAAUGAUGCUCGAUGGUACUUUGGGUAAUUCAUAUUUCGAGAGGUUUCGAUGUCUGAGGGGCUUUUCUCAAGAAAAAGGAAGUACAACAUCAGCUGCAUUACAGACCUUUAUAAGGACGAAGGAGGUUAAUUACGAUCGUUUCUGCUUCUUCUAUUGGCCCCAUUUUAAUAAAAAACUGACACGUAGUUUUGAUCCUUCAAGAAUAUUUACUGAGAUAAUGUCUCAUAUAAAAGUAGGCUUAGAAGCAGGGCUAAGCAGGGGGGACUAUGUUGCAUUGUCUGAUAAAAGGGUAUCUACUCUAAGUGCACAAGAAAGGGAUGCCAUCUAUAAUAUUUUCAAGGACUAUGAGAAAAUGAAAGCAAAGCGUUGUGAAUUUGAUAUUGCUGAUUUAGUGAUGGACCUUCAUUUUCGCCUAAGCAAUGAGAAUUUGCAGGGUGACAAAAUGGAUUUUGUGUAUGUUGAUGAGGUGCAAGACCUCACCAUGAGACAGAUAGCUCUUUUCAAGUAUAUUUGCAAAAAUGUUGACGAAGGAUUUGUAUUUUCUGGUGACACAGCACAGGCCAUUGCAAAGGGUGUCGACUUUAGAUUUGAAGAUGUACGUUCCUUAUUCUACAAUGAGUUUGUCAUGAAAUCAAGAAAUUGUAGAUUUCCCAGAAGAGAGAAAGGACUUAUAUCAGAUAUUUUUAACUUGACUCAGAAUUUCCGUACUCAUUCUGGUGUGUUGAAAUUAGCACAGAGUGUAAUUGAUCUUCUUUCACAUUUUUUCCCAAAAUCUGUUGAUGUAUUGCCACCGGAGACCAGAUUUGUUUAUGGUGAGCCUCCAGUUGUAAUUGAGUCAAGAACUAACGAGAAUGCCAUUGUAUCUAUCUUUGGAGGAAGUGGAAAUGUUGAUGGGAAAAUGUCAGGUUUUGGCUCCGAGCAGGUCGUACUAGUACGUAAUGACUCUGUGAAGAAGGAAAUUUCUAAUUCAAUUGGACAUCAAGCUCUUAUUUUGACGAUAGCAGAGUGCAAAGGCUUGGAGUUUCAGGAUGUUUUGUUAUAUGAUUUUUUUGGUUCGUCACCUCUGAGGACCCAAUGGAUGGUUGUCUAUGAGUUUUUAAAAGAAAAAGGUUUUCUCAAUUCCAGUUUUCAUUAUCCGAGCUUCAGCAAAUUAAGACACAGUGUCUUGUGUUCUGAACUGAAACAUCUAUAUGUUGCCAUUACUCGAACAAGGCAAAGACUGUGGAUAUGUGAAAACAAUUAUGAGUUUUUCGAGCCUAUUUUCGACUAUUGGAAGAGACUAAACCUUAUUCAAGUAAAGAAUGUGGACGUUUCACUUACUCAAGCGAUGCCAAGGGCAAGCAGCCGUGAUGAUUGGAAAUCAAAGGGAAUCAAGCUAUUUUGGGAAAAGAAGUAUGAGAUGGCAAUCACGUGCUUUGAAAGAGCUGGAGAACAAAUAUGGGAGAAAUGGGCCAAGGCAGCUCACCUUCGAGCAGCUUCAGGCCAAAUGUUUGGUUCGAAUCCCAAAUCUGCACGUACAAUGCUUAGAGAGGCUGCAGAAAUGUUUAAUUGUAUUGGCAAAGCUGAUUCUGCGGCUGAAUGUUUUUGUGACUUGAAUGAAUAUCAAAGUGCAGGAAUGAUUUAUUUGCAGAAGGGCGGGGAAUCUGAUUUAAGAAAAGCUGGGGAAUGUUUUAGUCUAGCAGGAUGUUAUGAGCUUGCUGCAGAAGCUUAUGAGAAGGGAAACUUUUUUGCGGAAUGCCUUUCAGCAUGCUACGAAGGGAAUUGUUUCAACAAUGGAUUGCGAUACAUUAAGUACUGGAAACAGCAGUCAGCUAGUAAUGAUGUUGUGAUGGGAAUAUAUAAAGAUUUAGACAAAAUUGAGCAAAACUUUUUGGAGAGUUGUGCUAAAUAUUAUCACAAGACUUCUCAUAAUGUAUCCAUGAUGAAAUAUGUUCGUUCUUUCCAGACAAUGGAAUUGAAACGAAACUUCUUGAAGUCUAUGGAUUGUAUUGAAGACCUAUUCUUUCUGGAAGAAGAGUUAGAAAACUUCAUGGAGGCUGAAGAAAACUUAAAACUCUUAGGAGAUCUUAACCGUGAGAUUAAUCGUCUCAGAAAAGGGAAACAUUAUAGAGAUGCCUCUUUAUUCAUCCUUGCCCAUGUACUUUCUUGCUCUUUAUGGGGGUCUGGAAGCAAUGGUUGGCCCCUGAAGUCGUUUCCUCAAGAGGAAAAUCUUAAAAGUAAAGCAAUAUCAAUUGCAGAGGAGGACGCGAUACAUUUCUAUGAAUUUGUUUGUGAAGUAGUCAAAGUUUUGUCACAUGAGCAGAGUAAUAUGUUUGAGUUGAUACAGUGUUUCAGAGCUUCAAGGAAGCACAAAAGUCUCAUGGGUGAAUUUCUGUCUGUCAGAAAACUGCUAGAUGCCCAUUUUCAAGUACAUCCGGCAGAGUACGAGUGGGAACAUGAAAUGCCUGUUGACUUAAAAAAAAAUUCUGAAGAAUUUUUUUUGCAGAAUCAAGUCACUGCCAGAACUCUCUUUUACAUUUGGAAUGUAUUCAAGAAGAACAUUUUGGAUGUCCUAGAAUCUCUUGAUUGUCUUGAACGGGAAGACUUCAGAGAAUGUAAGCAUACGGUUGAGUUUUGUUUGAAUUAUUUUGGCGUCCGCAGACUGUCAAAUAAUCUUAAUGUAACCUAUCUCUUACUGAACCCUGAUGCUAAAUGGGUUGAAACCAUUGAGAGGUUCGGGCGGCAGAACAGAAAGGCAGUGACUCUUGAUACUCAUUGUAUUGUGUCAGCCUCUAGGAAUUAUUGGCGAGGAGAAUUGGAUUCUGUUGGAAUGAGAGCUCUGGAAGUUCUUGAAGACCUUUAUAAAACUUCUGUGGUGGAAUCCUUGUCUAGGUAUUGCCAAAGCACGUGCCUCACCUGCAUGUUUGACAUAGUGAAGUUCUUCAUUGACUCCAAAUCAAUUGAUGUGAAGAAUGCUUCUCCCUUUGCGUUGCACAGUUUUGUGGAGCUAUAUUUCAGAUAUUUUGAAAUUGUUUUCCCUUUAGACUCUCAGUCAUCCUUAUCAGAAAAUAUGAUCUCUCUGAGGGGAACUACACUGUCCCAGAAUUUACUUGAAGAAGUUAUCGCUAGUAAUAUUAGCACGAAAAAUGAACUUACCUAUGGGCAAAUCGGAGAGGUUGUGACGAUAUGGCUCGGGUCUGGCAUGACAAAACCUGACCUUAAUAAGAUGAUUGUUCAAAAAUUCCCCCAAACGUCAUCCUGGAAAGAGUUUAUUAAGAUUCUCGGUGACGAUGGGAUUGAGGAGUCAGAUUCAUCUGGAUCUCUGUUGAGCAGUGGACUGAUUCAAAAGUUCAGUCAAUCUCUGGAAGAGACUUAUAUUGCAGACUGGAAUGCAAAGGGCUAUAUGACACCUAAUUGUUUCUUUUAUCUUAUGGAGCGCCUUGUUAUUUUGGCAUCUCAAUACAGUUGUUCCUUUUUCACUGUAAAAUCAGCAUUUGUAGAAUGGUUAAUAUAUCAUGAAUCUUGUGCCAAAUCAAGUUCAAGUUUAGUCACUGACAAGCAACCUUGUCCGGAAAAUGUCUUUGAGUUUCUAAUUGAUGUUGUCCAGCAGUUUCUAUUUGAUAGUUGUGACAUAAAAGAAUGGAUUAGAAGUUGUAAUAAUAAUCUCAAAUACAAUUAUCAAGUGCUGGGGUUGAGAUUGUUCGUUAUUUUGUGCUUGCUGUGCCUGAACUCGGGAAUGCAUGCCAAUGUACUUUUUGAGCUGCUGGAUACUUCGCAAAUCAGAUUCCAGCUGCCAAGAGAAUUUUGUGAAGCUCUUCAAAGGGAAAGAAAGUAUGAUCACAAUGCACUAAAUGCAAAUGCAGUUGCAGAAGCAUUUAAAAUUAUUGGGAAUCCUCUUGUCAUUGUGAACAUGGGAAAAAAUAAUCUGGAUUUUGUAUGUCCAAAUGCAAUUUUUCUUGACAUGGGAGGGUCCCCGGGCAAAAAAGACAUCUUGGAAGUUUUGUUUCCAAGAAGCUAUGAAUCUUCUCAUGUACGAGUCUCUUUUGAUGAUGAAUUAUGGCUGAAUUCAGCUGACAAUCAUUGCGCGGCUUCCUCAGUGCCACCUUUUGAAAGGGCAUCAAAAUUGGGUCACAAGAUUGGUAAUGUCAACCUGCAAAAAAACUGGGGAGUUCUUCAGGAAAUAUCAGAUAUGUUAAAAUCAGUGGAAAACAGAUAUGAUGAAAACUUGAAGGUCGGAGUGGAGGGGAUUAAGAGCUUAGUUGCUGAAAUUACCCAGUUCUCUGAGGAGAAAUCUGCAGCUGAUGGAGAUGAAAGCAUACUGGAGGAGGCCACCAACACAAUUUUGGAACUGGAGCAGCUUUCUUCUUUGUUAGAUAAAAGUGGCUUGGAAGAGAAGGAAACUUUGAAGAUUAGAGAACUUCUGAUAAGCUUGGAGUCAAGAAGGCAUAAAUUAGAUUUAUUCUUCAGCCGGUUUGUUAUGCAGGAGGGUACAAAUGAAAGAGAUGAAAGUAUUGUCUCUUGUGACAUGGAAAUCUCCAACGCUAACAAUAGUGAAGACAAUGCAAAGGAUUUACCGAGCUCUGUUUCUUCUGGUACAGAAAGUAAACCAACCAGGCCUCAAAAUGCCGUGCAGUAA